AUGUCGUCAGUCAAGCGCAAGGCCACUGGUCAGGCUGCUGGCUCCGACCCAAAGAAGCCAAAGCAGAAUGCCAGCAUCACCUCCUUCUUUGGAGCCCCCAAGGCUGUGCCCUCUACUGGCGCUGGUGUCAAGUCGUCUCUCAAUGGUGGCUCUGCCCCGUCUGCUGCAGUACCUGAGCCUGCCGCUGCCAAGUUUGACAAGGCCAAGUGGGUUGCUACCCUGACUGAGGAGCAGAAGCAGCUCCUGCAGCUGGAGAUCGAUACCUUGGACCCCAGUUGGUUGGCCCACUUAAAGGGUGAGAUCGUGACCAAGGAGUUCCUGGAUCUCAAGAGAUUCCUUGACAGAGAGGCCAGUGCGGGCAAGAAAAUCUUUCCCCCACGAGAGGAUAUCUACUCCUGGUCUCGUCACACUCCCUUCAGCAAUGUCAAGGUUGUAGUCGUUGGUCAAGACCCCUACCACAAUGUGGGUCAGGCCCAUGGCCUGGCCUUCUCCGUCAGGGCGCCUACUCCAGCCCCGCCUUCUCUCAAGAACAUGUACACUUGUCUCAAGAACGACUACCCUUCCUUUGCACCACCUCCAAACCGUGGUGGUCUCCUUACACCCUGGGCUGACCGUGGUGUUCUCCUACUGAACACUUGCCUGACGGUGCGCGCUCAUGAGGCCAACAGCCACGCCAACCGUGGCUGGGAGCGCUUCACACAGAAAGUGAUUGACCUUGUCGCGGCGCGGCGGACGAGUGGUGUGGUUUUCAUGGCCUGGGGAACCCCAGCUGGCAAGCGUGUGAUGAAGGUCGACAAGAAGCGGCACCUUGUUCUCACCUCGGUUCAUCCGAGUCCGUUGAGUGCAGCAAGGGGCUUCUUCACCUGCGGCCAUUUCAAGAAGGCGAACGAGUGGCUUUUGACGCGGUAUGGUAAUGAUGGAGAGAUCGACUGGAGCUUGGGCAAGCACGAUACGCCGACGACAACGGCGGGAAUGGCUGCUGUAGCAGCCAAGAAAGAGACCCUCGAGGAUGAUGUCGACGACGACUGGGAGGCCGAGGCCGCAGCUGCCAUUGUUGAUGCCGAGAGCAAGGCUAACGCGAUGGGCCCACCCCCGACCCCGUCUCCCAGGAAGACCGAGGCUCAGGUCGAGACUCCGGAUUCGACUGAGAAGACCAAGAAGAUUGGCAUUGGCAAGGAAAACGAGCAGAUCGACAUUCCAGCCUGA